ACCCAAGGAACACGAUGGGGGUGCCUGCAGAGGGACCCGUCUUUGCCUAUCAGCGGUAGUGGAAUGCAGAAGGAAGCACAGGGCCCACAGCAGCAGCCCGAGGGAGCAGGGUCCAGCUGCCAGCGCUUGGCAGCGCUAGUCAGCGGCAGGCUGUAAAUACCUCUGAUGGGAGAUAGAAACACAAAAGCCAUCUCGUCUUUCCUCAAACAGCUUGGCAGCCGAGCCAAACAAAGGCACAUUGAUGGGGUGGCGGUGGUGUACCAGCUGGGCUGGGCUCCGACAGUGGAGAGAAACCUCCUCAGGGCUGGGAAUCCCCAGCAAACCUGCCCUCGGGCCAGGGCUCUGCUCAGUGGGUGCCCAUCUGCCCAUAGUCUCCCUUGAUACAGGGAGAAAAGGACCUAAACGGUGCAAAGAUCAAGCUGUUGGAGGUGCAGCCCAUAGCUGGGGUGCAAAGCAUCAAUCACAGUGGCUAUUCUCCACCUCUCCUUGCUCUUCCUUCACACAUUUAACACAGGGAAACAGUUUUUGGGGGCUGGCAGGGAGCAGCCAACGUUGGAAUGCCCGGAGUGACUGCAGCUGUCCAGAGACCAGGAAACAAGGAGUUACAGGAGCCGUGCCCCAGAGCAGCCCUGGAGAGCUGCAGUAUCACAUAGCAACACACUGCAGGAGCACAACAGGUUUGUCCCUGCCAAGGUUGGUCCCUGGGCAGCCAGGAGCACAACAUUGGCUGGAAACAAGUCCCCUGGGUUUACCCCUGCAGGGCAGGAGCAGGGCUAGCGGCCACCCAGAUGGCUGAGCAGCCCUUCGCAGAGGUGUCUGCGCCAGCCCAGGCGAUAGCUGCAGACAACACCGAAGUCCACCCGCUCCGAACCACCCGCCGUGGGUCCCAGCCCCAUGCACGGGGCACAGAGGAAGGCAAACCGCCGCUCCUGCUCUCCUGCCGCAGCUCCAUCCUCAGCACCCUGCCAGCAGCCCUGGCCAGCCGCCGCAGCUCGCUGGGGGCAGCCCCGGGGGGCAGGCGCCCCUCCAUCGGCCCCUGGAUGCUGCACAGCCGCGUGAGCUUUUCUGGGUUGCCCCUGUUCCAGCCCAUCCUCAAGACCCGCCUGGAGAACACUUACAGGAUAGGACCAGAUGAAGGCUGCAAGUUCAAUGCAGGGCGGGUGCAGCAAGUGCUGGAGGGAGCCUUGACAGGUGCCCUUGAGACCAUGGUCUACACACCACAGAGCAGUGCGCUGCUAGCCCAGAACCUGGUUGAGAUGCUGCAGAGCAGAGCAAAGGACGUGGUGCCACCCCGGUACAAGCUGGUCUGCCAUGUGCUGUUGGGGCAGCAGGCACAGCAGAGCCUGCUGGUGGCCAGCCAGGCACUGUGGGACCCCGAGAGUGACAGCUUUGCCUCCACCACCUUCUCCAAUGCAUCCCUCUUUGCUGUGGCCACAGUGCAUGGGGUCUACUUUGAGUAGGACCUGCCUCUCCCUCCACUCAGUGCUGUAGUGCUGCUGA